UGUACACAAGCUGGCGGUAGUGUGCGGCGGCACAGGCAAUAGGCAUUGCGUCUGUGCAAUGUAUUGAUGUAAACAUUCUCUUGUCAUUUUAUUUCAGUGCGUUUGGAGGAUUGUAUGGAAAUCUCUUCAAGGCGCAUCUGAAAAACAUGUGAACAGCUGUUUUCGUUCAUUUUAAAAUUAUAGUGAACCCCAAUGUGUGUAUUUUUAUUGAGGCAUUUUUUGAAAAUUAAGCGUCAAGAAAAGUGCGAUAAAACUCUUUGUUUAUAGAAGUGUGGAAAAAGGUAUUAAAACAGGAAUCAUAGGUGUCCACAAACAUGCCGUCGCUCCUAGAAGCUCUAGAGCGCAAAUAUGGCGCGAAGGGCGAAGUGAACCCCCCAAUAGAUGACAUGCCAGUUGCUAUAUUCGUGCCGAAGCGCUCCCCUCGGCUCAGCGUACCUACGCUCCUGGUGCUCAAUGAUUGUGACAUCGACUGCGCGGGAGACGCCUGCGCCCUCGCCGAUAAGUGUGCCGACGUUGUCGAACUCGAUAUAGCUAAUAACAAGCUCAGCGAGUGGGAUGAAGUUUUUGCAAUACUGGAACAAACGCCGAGAGUAAGAUUUUUAAACUUGAGCUUCAAUCGUCUCUCAGCCCAAAUUCAAGCGGCACAAACUCUUCAGCCGCGUUGGGAUUGUCUAAGCCACCUCAUUUUGAAUUCCACGUACGUUGGUUGGCCGAGUGUCCACUCGUUACUCAAAGUUCUACCAGCUCUGGAGGAGUUGCAUUUGAGCCUUAAUGAGUACACUUAUGUGGACCUGUCUGGACAAGAAGUCAAUGAGAAAGAUCAAUGUGAGGCGUGCUCCCGGCUCAACGUCGAUGUCACGUGUGAACCUGUCCAUGAGCAGCUGAAAAAACUUCAUUUCUCCGGAAACCACGUCAGCAGUUGGCGAGAGAUCUCUAAACUAGGCUACGCCUUCCCGAAUUUGGAAACCCUGCUGGUUAACGACUGUCCCAUUACGACUUUAGCUCCAGACCCAUGUGAGAAAUGUAGUGACGACAACGGAAAUAAAAAGAGCCACGAUGCCUUCCCACACCUCCGCUUCCUAAACCUGAACAAUACGGGCUUAGCGACGUGGGACGAGGUGGACAGACUGGCACAGUUUCCUGCUCUCCGGAGUUUGCGAGUGCAGGGCUGGCCAUUAUGGGAACGCGUGGAAUCCACAGAGCAUGAGCGGCGGCUGUUACUGGUAGCUCGACUUCCUCACGUGAGGACCCUGAACGGUGGUGGCGCCGUGCCCAUCGAAGAACGGGACGCGGCCGAGAGGGCUUUCAUACGGUACUACAUGGAGAAACCGGAGUCGGAUCGGCCCGAUAGAUACUGGGAGUUGGUGGGCGUCCACGGCAAGUUAGACCCGCUCGUGUCGGUGGACCUGAGGCCGGAGAAGCGCGUGCAGAUCACCUUCACGUGCGGCGACAACAGCGAAGUGCGCACCGUCGAUGUUUACAGAACUGUAUCUGACCUAAAAACAAGACUAGAGAGGAUGGCGGGUUUCCCCGCCGCUAAAAUGAGACUCUUCUACGUAGAUCAAGAACUUCGGGACAGCCAGCCUUUUCAGGGGCCUGAGGAAAUGAAGUACCCCACAAAGCAGCUGUACUCGUACAACAUCAGGUCAGGCGACGAGAUCAUAAUUGACUGCAAACUGAAACACUCUAUCUCCGUCAACUCGACCGCGUGAGACGAGCGACGCACUACAUGUCGGAGGCAUUUCUACCAAAUGUACUACCUACUUAUACGUUACCUUCUUUGAGGAACUAAGACUGAGGUAAGGCCAGUCUUUGGAACGUGUAUUCGAUAUAACUUAAUAUUUUUUCUAACAUUAGAAAAUACAGUACAUAUUUUACAAAGUUACGAGAGAUGCAACUGACAUUGUAAUAAGUGAUAUUUUUUUGCCUACAAAUGCCAUUUCAUUAUGUAUUUUCGUGCUACUGUUCGUCUUACUAACGUUGAUGUAACAUGUAUUGAGUUUAGUUAUAUUUUUUGUAAGAAAUUGUUUCUGUUUUCUCCAUGUGGAUUAUUUUAGAAGUGAUAUCGAUCGCAAAGUAUUAUAAUAGUAGAAAAUAUCAACGGUUGUCACAAAGCAUUUAGUUUUAAGAAUUAUCGCAAGUUUUGAGCUUGAUAAAACUAUUUUAUUUACAUAAUUAUAUAUUUUUUAAUAGCACAAUUACAACAUUACCUUACAUUGCUCUGAAUCAUGGAUUAUUUUUAUUACAAAAUUAAAGAGUAAAUUAUGAUCGCUGUUUUGACAAGUAAACAUGCCUUUGUUUGUUUGCAAUAAGCAACUGUGAUAAUAAAUUUUAGAUUACAAAAUCUGAGAUUGAACUACAUAAUAUUAUGUGACAUUAUUUUUGCAUAUUUAUCUGUAUAGUGCUUUAUACACAGCAUCUAUCUUUCGAAUAUUACUGGGUGUUGUAAAAGUGCUUUUAACAUUUAAGUGAUACUAACUGCCAUUUCGAAUUAUGAAAUAUACACCUAUUGUGUCUUUUAGAUUUAAUCCUAAAACGGUUUGGGAUUAUAAUGUGAAAAAAUAACUAGUAUUUUGUUUUUGUUUUAGUCUUUUUGGUACUUUUAGUGCCAAAGAAAUUAUUCAAUUUAGAAAUUCAAUUCUGCAGCUGCCAAAUUUUUUGAACAUUUAAACUACAAUUUUUACAUUUGCAUUAGCAUUUUUGCACCAGCCCUGGGUUAUAAUUGUGAUAAUUUCGUUGGAAACAAAAUUAAUGUAGUGACAUUUUUAAUUUUAUCCCUUUAUAGACUUAGAAAAUAGUAUCAAAAUGAAAAAUAAAUAAUUGUAUCAAAA